CUCAAGGGAUUGAGUUACGAGUCUGCAAUGGGUGACCUUCAUUUGAUCGGAACCGAGCAUCAAACAGAUCAGGUGUACGUGCUUCAGAGGAGUAAGCAGAAAGCACGUUUCCUCAAAUUUAAGGAGAUCUUGCAGCAGUCUGUAGUUGAUUUGGAAGACCUUCGGAAGCACUCGUGGUCCGGCGUGCCUACAGCAAUCCGGCCUAUUGUAUGGCAGUUACUAGUAGGAUAUUUGCCUUGCAAUUCGGAUCGCAGAAAUUUAGCACUAGAGCGGAAGCGGAAAGAGUAUCAAGACGGAGUACAGCAGACGUUUGCACGAGGAAUCGAGGGCCUUGACCAGACAAUUUGGCAUCAAGUUUUCAUCGAUGUACCAAGAACGAACCCAAAGAUGGCCCUCUUUCAGAACCAAACAACUCAACGGUGUCUCGAAAGGAUUCUUUAUUGCUGGGCAAUUAGGCAUCCUGCAAGUAGUUAUGUCCAAGGCAUCAACGACCUGGUGACACCAUUCUUUCUUGUCUUCCUGACUGCAUAUAUUGAGGAGGACCAAGACCCGGAAUCAUAUGACAUCUCACGCCUACCAACAGAAAUUUUGGCAGCUAUAGAAGCGGAUAGCUAUUGGUGUCUUACAAAACUCUUGGACGGAAUUCAGGAUAAUUACACGCAUGCGCAACCGGGUAUUCAAAGACAAAUUGUGAAACUGCGCGAGUUAAUUUGUAGAAUCGAUGCGCCGCUGGCGGCCCACCUUCAAUCCGAACAUGUCGAAUUCAUCCAAUUCUCGUUCAGGUGGAUGAAUUGCCUACUAAUGCGAGAGGUGACUUUGCAACACACAAUUCGAAUGUGGGAUACAUAUCUAACCGAGCACCCACAUGGAUUUUCUGAAUUCCAUCUUUACGUUUGUGCUGCGUUUUUGACAAAGUGGUCUGCAGAGCUGCUCAGAAUGGAGUUUCAGGAGAUCAUGUUGUUCCUACAGGAUGUACCAACGGACGAUUGGCAGGAGAAAGAUAUCGAACUCUUGCUUUCCGAGGCGUUCAUGUGGAAAAGUCUUUUUCAUGCGUCUCCCAUGCAUCUUGGUGGAUCAAAAUAGAAAUCAAAAGCUCAGAUGCAUCAUAAAAC